AUGGGGUGCACCCUAAGCAAAUGCUGCAGGGGCGGCAAGAAAAGACCCGCCAAGACUUUGUCUUGGGACAGAUACGAGUCAGUGCACAAGGACAGCGGAGAAGAACCCUCCAAGACUUUGAUAUCUUCGUCCAUGGAUCACGUUACAGAAUCCUUUGAGUCAGUGUACAAGGUCGCGUUGAAGCGGUUCGAGCUGAACCACGACACGCUCGGCAACAUCCAAGAACUCAAGCAUGAGUUGUCGGACAACCCCCAACUCGUCUCCUUCAUCGAAGACUACCUCGGAACCAGCAUUGAAACUCUUGAAUUAUUCAGUUCCCUCGAGGAAUGCCUCGAUGAAGCUCACUCCACCGUCUACCUCGCUGGCCGAGCAGUCUACCUCUUCGAAUGUGGCAUGCCUAUCUCGUCCGUCUUCGAGGAUCUUGAACAACUCAAAACUCAAGGUAACCCAUUCCACCUUUUCCCUCAAAACUACGUGGAUAAGCUCAAGAGCUUGUGCGAGGUCCACGGUUCCUACAUCCAGAAGCUCUCAGAGCGCGAGAAAGACCUGGAUCGAAAGCUCGGCAAAGUUGAAUAUUGGAAGACAGUUGGUUCUUGUGUUUGCUUUGUGGCCGUCGUUGGAUUGUUGAUAGGCUCUGCGGUGCUUGCGAUUAUGGGUGCUCCGCCGGUGGCCAUCACAAUACUUGGAUUGGCCGGCAGUGCAAUCGCACUGCUGGAAAAGGAGAUUGAGCUUCUUACCGAUAAGCGUAAGAGCGCGAUUGAAGGUGAGAGAGACAUCAUUAUUGAACUAAAGAAGCAAAUUUAUGAGCUCGAUGACAUUAAUGAGCUUGUUAAACAGUUGGAGGAACUGGUUAACUCGGUUGAUGGGUAUGCUGCGUUUCGAAUGGAAAAGAGAAAUAAUGAUGAGGAGGUGAAGAAGGAGGUGAAGUUGACGAAAGCCAUGUAUGGCAUCAAGAUUAAGGCUAAGCGUUUAAACAAAAGGAUUGAGGAUAUGAAGAAGGAGGUGAACCUGCGUCGUGAGAAUCUGAGGACAGCCGUGGCCACCAUCUUGAUGGCUGUCAAAACUGAUAAAUAUGAAUGUGUGUCUUGUGUUGGGUCUAUGCCAUAA